AUGUCUCUGGAUAGUUCCACAACUCACAGUGCAAUGAUGACACAUAAUCCUGUAGUUCAAAAUGCAAUGGUGGCUCAUAAAACUGGCUUCAACGCUAGUUCAAGUUCAAAAGGAGGAUACAACAAUACGGGAAAUCAUGCUGGUUCUAGAAACAGUCCUAGUAACAUUGGAAAGGAGAAUGAACUAAGGAGAGACAAGGCUGUGAAGAAGCUGCUUAAAUGUGACUAUUGUGGCAUAAAUGGUCAUCUGAGAGAGGGGUGUUUCAAGCUUAUAGGGUAUCCUGAUUGGUUCAAGGAAUUGAAGGAACAAAGGUCAUUCCAACCAGGAAGAAUCUCAGCACAUCUGGUUGAAACUGAUCUAGAGACUAAAAGUGACAAGAAAGAAACUGGUGAACUAAUGGGCAUGAUGAACAACAUAAAAAGGAUGGAGCAGGAGCUUAGCAGGAUGCUUAAAGGGAAAGGAAUAGACAGAGAACACAUCAACUUUGCUCACUUCUCGGAUUUCGCAGGGGAUCCCAUUCCCGAGACCAUUCCGGUAACAAAGCGGCACCCAGAGUGGUUCAGGCCACUCGAGGCUUCGCUAGAGAAGAAGGACACUGUCGAGGACACCGAUGGGUCGUCGACAUACACUGCUGCCGCCGCCAUAUAUCAUUUUGGGGACACGAGGAUCGAGUUUCCCAUUAUCGAAGAAGUCGCAGCGACCUUAACGGAAGAGGAGUCGCUGAAAAUGUUGACUACUGCGAUGGCCAGCAUCCUUAUACGAGAGAAAGCAUUGAAGCAAGAGAUUGCCAGCUUGCAAAUCGAGAAGGGGCUCCUCGAGCAAGAGAAGCUAUCGAGCGAGGAGUCGAGGAAGGAGGAGCAGGCCCUGAGGCUUGCUAGGGAGCAGGAGCUGGCCAAGGUUCAGGCCAUGUAUAAGGAGAUCGAGGCCAAAGUGACAGAAUAUAGGGAGACUCAUGUUCCCAGAUCAGAUUUGCAGGCAUGGAUGAUCACUUUUUGGGCAAGAAUGGUGCCCACUGGUGGGUUGGCGAGCAUCCUGCUGAGCAUCAGCAAUGAUGCCAAGGCAUUGGGGGGACAUGGUGUAGCCGUAGCCGCUCUUGAAAGGAUGGAGAGCGGAAGGACUAUUAAUGCUGGAUGGCUUCAGCAAUUUAUAAGGCCGCAUCCUAAGAAAACUCUCCAUGAACCCAUUAAGAAUGGAUUGCAACAACUUUCCGAUGGCCAACUCCCCCUGUUUGGGCCAUUAUACAGUGCCGUUGCGCAGAUGGGGUCAUCGUCGGAGAUCGCCUCCUUCGAGGGAGAUGCCCUUAAGAUGCUCCCUGAUGAUGCUUGA